GUUCAUUAUAUCAUGUCAGAUAUACGAAAAGUUUUCCUCUUUAUUGGAGUUUAAGCUUGUGAAAAAAGUAUGUUUUUAGCGCAAAUGUAAUUGCUGUACAAAUUUUUGGAUCACCACAUUGUAUAGUUGUUUAUUAUGUACGUAAUUAUGAAAACGCUUGGCAACAAAGCACAAUGCUUAAGUAAGCUCCCCUCUCUUUAGUAGUUCCAUAGGAAACUGAGUUAAUCUAGUAUGAGUCCGUGAAGCUCAAGAAGCUUAUGUAUCGUAUUUUUUAAUCGGUUGUAUUUGGUGUAUGUUUUUAAAUGAAACGUAAAUAAUGAAUCUUUUAAAAAUAAUAUUAAUAUCACGUUGCCUGUGAUUUGGAUUAUUUACUUGGGUUUGUGCAGUUAAUUUUUAACAUAGAAUUGUGUGUGCCAUGGUUUUGACAGUUGCGUCGGUUAGUGCUUUAAAUGUAUACGGGGGAUAUCUAAAAAGUGAUCAAAAUGUCAUAGGAGUUUCACUUGUUACAUACACAGCUAAGCAAAAGGCGUCCAUGAAAUGGCUUCUUUCCAAAGCGUUCAACAACAAAAUUCCGGAAAAUUUGAAGGACCCAUUUUAUCGGGAUCACGAGAAUCAAGAACAUUUAAAACCCCAAAUUGCCGGGGGUCUAGCGAAUGCCGAUAUUUACUGCUUGGCCCUCGGCAACAUUUAUUCGGAUCCCAAUUAUCAUAACCUCAAUCAUCUGGCCAUUUUACAAACAUUAUCUAGGAAAGGAGUUUUUGGUAAUGAGGAUGGGCAGCUUACGGAGACGACGUUAAUCCAGACAAAUCCUCUUCGUAUGUCUGCUCAUAUGGCUGUUAUAGAAAUGAUAAUGAGCCUAUAUACGAAAGAAGUAGUGACAGUGGAUCGGAUUAUUUCUGCUGUCCACAGGUUUAAUCACGGUAAAACUUCAGCUCCAACUAUAUCAGACAACGCUGUAGACCAAUUAUUACUCUGGGUAUCCCACGCUUGUGAUGCAUUACGUAUGAGAAUAGAACAAGAAGUUAGUACAAUAUCAAACGGGGGAGAAGUGAGUGGAGAAAAAUUGAAAGUGCCCGAAUUUCCAAAAUUGAGAGAGCUAAAAGACUUGUGUGACGGGGUAGGAUUAGCGGCCCUCAUUGCAUAUUACUGCCCCGAUGAAUUGAAUUGGACCGAUAUUAGAAUAUCCCAUGUUCCAUCCGUUCAAGAUAGCAUCUACAAUCUUCAACUAGUACAAGAUUUCUGUUGCAGGUGUCUAUCAGCCUCUAUCUUCCAUCUCAUGCCAGAGGACGUAACUUAUAUGAGAGAAUCUAUGAAACAAAAUCUUCUAGUCUUUAUAGCCGAUCUUUUCAAUGUGAUGGAAAUAAAUCCGGCCAAAUGUGUCCGAUAUCCUGGAAUGGACAAAUAUAGCACCGAGGGUUUGCCCCAGAGUAAUGCCCACGGUGUGAUGCAUAAACGUAAUCUCCUGCAGACGGUAAUGGUACCUAUUCCGGAUCUGCGUAGCGGCAUUGAUGACCCCGCAGAUCCUAGUGCUUUUCAAGUAUCAAGAUCGACACCUACUCAUCAACCUCUUAGAAAAACAAAUUCACUUCAACACAGCGUAUCUGACAUGACAGAAGAUAGUUUGCGACGUGGGUCUGAAGAAUCUUUUGUUGUACAUAGAGGCAAAAAUAUACCAACACUUAGAUCUGUCGUGCAAGAUGAACCACUAAUUCCUGUUCGCCUAAAGGUAAGCAAAGAAAAGCAGAACAACGAUAGUAAAGCAGACGAACGAGGGGAAAUUGCAGCAGGUAGACCUAGUAAUUGGGAAGAAAAUAGGAAAAGUACAUAUGCAGGACGAAGAAGUAGAAGAAAUUCUACCUCAGAAGACUCACAAUUAACAAUAGAGAAUUUUGGUGGUAGUCAGGAUAAUUUGAAUUUUAUUGGAAGAAAUCCAGAUAAAGAGGUGGCAGUGCAUGUAGGUAGAAAAAUUUCUGCUCCAGCUUUUCCAACUGCCAUAGAAAAUGCCCCAGUUAGAUCUACGUAUCAAGACGCGAGAGGCUCUUUUCAAUUAGGUUAUGAAAAUUGUUGUGACGAAAAACAAGAUAACGGUACAGAAAAAUAUAAAUUAAAAAGGCAACUUAGUAGUGAUGAUAUAGCAUUAAGAAAUUUAAGCUCAAAUGUAAACAAAGAAAAUAUCAUUAGAGAUUUGGUCGAUGGUGACAUAACCAAAAGGAUGAGCUUUGCUGAACUUGGUAAGCAGAAACAAUUGGGGGAGCAUAAGGGUAUACAACUAGUCUAUAUGAACGAUAAGGAAGAAUAUCCACAGAAAUCCAGUUUCUUGUCAAAAAUGGGCAAUGGUGGUGAAAAGAAAACAACUUUCGCAACUCUACCUAAUACCACGACGUGGCAAGAACAAAGCUCACAAAAUCAACAGGUGACAGCAUCAAAUGGUGACGAACAUCCUCCCAACUCAAUGAAUAUACAACUUAGUGAUAUACGAUUAAAAUUGGAAGAAAAACGAAGACACAUAGAAAGUGAAAAGCGGCGAAUGGAAAUAGCUAUGAACAAACAACGUCAAAAGGUUGGGAAGGCAGCUUUUCUUCAAGCAGUAGCCAAAGGAAGAGGUAAUUUACUUAAAACAAAUGAUGCCGGGUCUAAUAUCUCGGCAGAGGGUUCAGAAACUCAAAGUCCCCCAUCCGAAUCUACUUCUCCUCCACCAAAGCCUCAGAGGCCGUUUACCUUACAGGAAAUCAAUGAAGAUGUUAGUAAAAUCGAUAGAAAGUGGUCGGAUGAAACGCCUACCUUUGCAGAAACCAGAACUCCAGAUUUGGAGAAUAUGGACCUGGAACAAUAUCAGCAGUCCAUUGCUCAAAUGAACUCUAGUCUUCACGAUAUACAGUCAGAUAUGCAAAGAUUAGCUUCUCAACAAAACCAGCUGCAACAACAAAAUAUAAUUGCUCAACAACAGAGACAGAUACAUGCUCUUCAACAACAACAACAGUACCAGACUAUACAGUCUCAACAACAUAUACCUCAGUACACUUCGCAACAAUCUUACCAACCUCAAAUAUAUCAGCCACAACCACCAGUUUACGCGCCUCCAUUGCAAACAUCCUCGAGCGCACCACAUAUACCUCAAACUUUAUUUGGUCAACCCAGAGGGCAAGGUCAAUUCUUUUUGCAUGAUCAGUCCUCAACCAUUUCGCCAGCUCCCCAAAUCACGCCUCAGAGACGGACGUGGGCGCAACAAACUCAACCACCUCCAAUACCAAUUGAGUCAUAUCAUCAACCGGAAUUGAGAACUUGGAACAAGACUGGUGGUCAUGGAGAUAGUAGAGGUUUUUUGUUACAUGAUACAGAUAGAUAUCAAGAGCAAACUAGGUAUCAAGAAGGGACUCGCUAUUCAGAAAGUCCACGUUAUUUUGACAGCAAGUACCAAAACGGAAGUGGUGACGGUGACCAUAUUCUUCACCACUCCAAUAGCUUUACCUUGAGUCAACAACAUCACACUAACUAUGGCACAUCGCAUAGUACACCAUCAGCUUCGCCGCAACACCGUAAUAUUCAUCGACAAAUUUCUCAGCUUUUAGAUGAAAGUAAACGAGCACCAGUCAGCCUGCAACAAAUUGAAGCAAAGGAACCUCAAAGAAAGAGUAGUAUAACGCAUGCACCUAUUCCUGCACCAUCAGCGGACGAUAUGGAACCACAAAAUAUAUCAUUUAUUGGAAAUUCUACGCCUGAUAAACUUAGUGAAGGUCUUAAUCGACUCAAUAUAACGUCAGGUAGUAGAACUUACAGAAUACCGUCCCCUACGCGUCCCUCGAUUACACGAAACUCAUUCCAACCUACUCCUUCGCCGCCGACGAUAGAAUCUGUUCCUUUAACCGAAAUUAGUAGUCUUGAAAAUGACCCCACUAAUCAAAAAGGUUUCUAUAUUAGUUUUGAUAAUGAUCAACCGAAACGACCUAAACCUCCAUUAAGAACGAAAAGGAUGUCACCAAAGAAGGAAAGGAGUUUUGUUCAAUCUACCGAAGAUAUAUGUGAUCGAAAGGAAGAAGAAAGGUUAGAAAAACAAAGGCAUCUGGAAAAACAAUUAGAAGAAGAAAGAGCAAAGAGAAGUGAAGAGGAGAGACGACAAAUGCUGAUUGAACAAGAGAGGGAGAAAUUGAGGGCGAAACGAGAAGCUAGUCAAGAAAGGCAAAAAGUCAAUGCCGCCAGUGCUAUAAUUAUAGGAAACGACCUUAAUAAUCCCGAUCCUGAUUUGGACUAUGAACGAGAACGAAAGAAAGAGAAGAUCAUGCUGUUGUCGUUGCAAAGGAGACAGCAACAAGAGGAGGCAAAAGCUAGAAAGGAGGCAGAAGCUCAAGCUAAGAAAGAAAUGGAGAAGUUGAAAGAGGAAGAAAAGGCAAGAAAAAAAGAAGAACAAGCUGCUAGACGCCAAGCUAUUCUAGAACAGUACAAGCUUAAGAAGGCUCUCGAGGAGGCCGAAAGAGAGGGUAAGACUUUAGACAGGUCUGAACUCAAUUCACUGAAGCCUACACCAAAAAUGCGACCCAAAGCCAGUACUAGACCUCGACCAAAAACUAUACAUAUUGAUAGUGGCUCUGUUCAAAUGGCUGAAGGUAUGUCGAGUCGAGGAAAAAAAGGUUCAACUUCCAAUCUCACAGCUUAUACCUCUUCCACUAUGAAACGAGACUAUUACAGAGGUUCCCAAGAUAGCUUAGCAGACAGAAGCAUGAGCAGUGGCAUGCUUUAUAAAGAUUCCCCGGAUGAUAGCAGAGGCGUUUCACCAUGCCAUAGCGCCAACCAAACGCUAGGAAGAAGAAGUUCCUACAAGACUAGUCGUGACCCCUCUCCUGCUCAGGUACGCGGCAGACCUAAGUAUUCGGCUUAUCAAAACUUUAAAGGGCGCAAGUCUAGCUCUAUGAUGAAUUUGUACGGAUCAAGUACCGAUCAAGAUAGUCUAGCAUACAGGUACGGUGACACUGAUUCAGGUUUAGGUCGUGCAACACCUCCAAGAAGAGUGCCGUCUCCUGGUAUGAGUAUGAGACAUCUUCCAUCACCUUCUGGACCAGGUAGCUUACCAGGUUUGAUGAGUAAAGGUAGAAGAAUGUUCGACGACGGAUCCAGUGAUAUCAGUUCAACACCUAGCAGUAUGAUGGAUUAUAAUGGUCCAAGAUUAUACAAACAACCUGCCACCAAAUCGAAUAGAAGUAUUAUGUUAAAUGCUGUGGAAUAUUGCGUUUUUCCUGGCGCAGUGAACAAAGAAGCGAAAAAACGAGUUCUCGAAGAAAUUAAUAGGUCCGAAAGUAAACACUUUUUAAUACUGUUCCGUGACGCAGGAUGUCAGUUUAGAGCUCUCUAUUCUUAUUGCCCCGAACGGGAGGAAAUUAAUAAAUUAUAUGGAACGGGACCUAAACAGGUUAACGACAAGAUGUUUGAUAAAUUUUUCAAAUACAACUCUGGUGGAAAAUGUUUCUCUCAAGUUCAUACUAAACAUCUAACUGUAACGAUAGAUGCUUUUACGAUCCACAAUUCGUUGUGGCAAGGCAAGAAAGUAAAUCUUCCAAAUAAGAAAGAUAUGGCGUUAGUUAUCUAAGUGAAGAAGAAAUGAAUUAAACAGAAUUGUUAAAAAGUCAUCUAAUAUAUUUGUAUUAUUUUUGUUAAUGCUUUAUUAAAAGUUAUUACUUUUUUUGUUGUAUGCAUUUGUCGAACAAAUUUUACUUAAUUUUUACGUUAAUGAUAUUGUUCAUUACAGAAUAAUCAUUUUUUUGGCUGAGAUAAUAUUUGCCACUUUUUUACGAAGAAUUUUUGAGCGUUUUUUACCUUUUUUCAUUUUAGAUUAUGUGCCUUUUCUAUGUAUAUUUAAGUAUUCAUUGUGGUAUUGUUUCCGUGAAAUCAUUUUUAUAUGUAAGUAAACUUUUUUAUUUGUGCCAAUAAAUAAAUCAACUUGAACUAUCAUAAAAAAAGGGGGAUAUGUACUUGCUUGCUGUACACUAUUCUGUCCAUGGAGAAAAACAAUAAAAAGUUUCUUAUUAGUGUCAUUCCAGUUAAAUGAUUAGAUUAGACAAAUGCAGGGCUGUUUUUGGUAAAACUUAGUUUCGAUGUUGAUUUGCAGCUUGCCAUUUGUAACAAAAAAUAGAUAUUUUUAACAAAAUAAAAGUGCCGCUGGAAACCUGCAUCGACAUUUUACCUGUUUUGUAAGUCUCUUUAAAAAUUUUCGCUUAAAGAUGUUUAUAUAUAAAUUUGGUUAUUAAAAACGAUGCACUAGCCUUAAGACACAUUUGUUAGAUGUAAGGUGGAAUUGUGUGUCUCAGAAAAUAAAUUUGAAUUGUAAGGAAUGAUUUUCAGUCAAGAUUGUUCAAUUUCAAUCACAUAAUUUCAGAAAAAAUUUUAUUAUUAAGAAUACAGGAGCUGUAUUACUGUUAUGUGGAAUUUUUAGUUUGUGGUAUUUGGUGCAUAGAAAAGAAAAUUGUGAAUCUGUUGUUACGAGUUGAGUAAUAUUUUGUUUUUAAUUUUCACGUUUUUUGUCUUAUCUUUUUCUAUAAUGUCCAGGUUAUGCAUAGGUAUGCCAUUGAUACCAAUUGCUUUCCGUUCUUAUUUCUUUUUUAAUAUCUCUAAAAUUAUUUAUGUGUACUUACCAUGAAUUCAGCCACAAAAACUUCCGACUUCUAAACAUAUGUAAGUGUUGGAUGCAACUGUCAACAAAAUUGUAGAAAUACUAGGUCUUUCCUUCUCCUGAAUAGCCAGUACUUCAUUUAUUAUUAUUCUUAUAAUUAUUGGAAAAUUGUGUUUUUUGAUAAUUUGCACUCACGUUAUUUUAAUUGGUUUAUUUGUUCAUUAUAUCAAGUAUUUAUUAAGCUGAAACUCUAUCCAGAUCAAUUUAUCAGUGGGCGGUAUACUAUUUUCCAACUAUAACGCAGAUUACUUAUGCCAUUUGAUCGUAAAAUGCGAAGGCACAUUACAUUAUCCUGAUGGACUGAUAUUUUAGAGGUGAUAAUGAAACAUAUAGUCUCUUGUUAUAAAAGUUUUGUGUAAUGAAAAAUGAAUCAUACAUUGGGUUUGUUAUUUUUUUCUAAUAUUUCAAUAUUUUGCAUCUUGACUGGAAUAUCAAAUUACGAAGUUUGUGAUCCUAAGCUAUAUUCCAAGCCUUAAUUUUUUUUUACCUAAUUAUUGUGUAACAUUUUUUUUAUUAAUACAGCAUUACACUAAUCGUUUCAUGUCUGUACAUAUUAUGUUUUUAUAAUAUAUGAAAUAUUUAUUAAUUAUACACUUGUAUGAAUCAAAACAAUUAAAACGUCAAAUAAAACUUCAUAACCCA